AUGGAGAGUGAAGAGGAGCCGGCGAUGUCUCAGCGUUCGCUUGUCGCGGCGGAUCAGUAUGGACUGCAGAGGCUGAAGCUGAUGUGCGAACAUAGGCUGAGCAGCCUCAUCGAUAGGAACUCUGUCGAAGAUAUCUUGCAUCUAGCAGAGAAGCACCGAUGCGCAGCGCUGAAGGAGGCAUGCUUUGAUUUCAUCGGCUCCACGGAAACUCUGGUUCCAGCCCGGGAAAGGUUGCUUCAGGUGCGGGAAACAGAGGAGCUUCGGAGGAUUUUUGGAUACGAGAAGUUCAUCGAAAGGGAAAUCCUCGAGCGAUCAGAGCAUUUGAAGUACGACAGUUUCACCCUCAGGGUCCAGAUACAUGUUGUCAAGGAAACACCAUCUGUUCUGGUGCCACCAUCUGACAUCCAACGACAUCUUGGUAGUCUCCUGAUGUCAAUGGAGGGCGCCGACGUUGAGUUCCUCGUUGGUGGGGAGACGUUUGCUGCGCACCGGCUGGUGCUCGCGGCACGGUCGCCAAUCUUCAACGCCGAACUCUACGGCCCGAUGAAGGAAGGGACCGUCACAAACACCAUAGAGAUAGAUGAUAUGGAUGCACAGGUGUUCGAGGCCAUGCUUCAUUUUAUAUACCCUGAUUCAUGGCCGGAGAUGGAGCAGGAAGACGAAUCCGCAAUGACUCAACAUUUGCUGGUUGCAGCCGACAGGUACUGCACGCAAAGGCUGAAACUGAUCUGUGAAGCUAGGCUCCAUGACCACAUCGAUGCAGGCUCUGUGUCAAUUAUCCUGGCGCUAGCUGACAAGCAUAACUGCUCUGGUCUUAAGAAGGAAUGCUUCAACUUCCUCAGGUCUUCAACAUCUCCGUUGGUGGUCAUGGAAGCCGAAGAGUGUGAGUAUUUAACCCAAAGUUGCCCUACUGUCAUGGAGGAGUUAAAUACUAUUUUCCUUGAACGAAAUUUGGAGAAGGCAAAAAUUUCAGAAGAAGGAAUCGAGGACAAUGCCCAUCUGACCAUAAAAGAUUAG